GCGAAUUACGAUCAUAAUCUUUACGAUCGUACAUUAAAAAAUAGACAAAUAAUAGUAUGAGUACGAUUUAAAUCGUAUAUCUGUCAACCCUGCUAGCAAGACAGCGACAAAAUCACGUUGCAUAACAAUGUAGCCCAAGCUUAUAUCUUAUGAAAUAUACGGAAGAGAUACGGACUUAGAAAAAACAGAAAUGUUGUUCUUUGUGGAAGUCAUUGAUGAAAUUCUAUGUAUUUUAGCCCGCAAACUUUCUUCAAACAAAAACAGCGCCAUCUAGUAUCGAGUUCUGUAAUUAUCUCUUUGUUUAUGGAUUUGAAGUAAGACCGCCACGCAUGCAAUACAUUAUGACUGGGGAUUCCCCUAUUCGUCGACGCUGAAUAUGAGGCGACGACAAUCACUGUCAAACGUGUUCACUAUUACUCUGACUCUGGUAACGUGACUUCCUGGUAACGUGUUAGGUAGGAAAAGCAGUAAAAAAGUGCAUAUUAAGGGAGCAGAUUUGAAAUAAUAUUUAUACUUAACAAGAAAUAAUUAAAGGUUCAAUGGGGAGACCUAAAGAUUUACGCAUAUGGGAGCACUACCGUACUUUACCAAACAAGUCUGUUUCUUGCAAGCUUUGUAAUAAGGUCUACAAAUUCAGUAAUGCUGCCAAAAUGCUUCAACAUCUUAUCACUUGUCCAAAAUCUCCAGAAACAUUAAAAGACUCUAUGAAACUUAUAAAAGAUAGCUCGUCCAAAACCAAAAUGUCUGGACUGUCAGAGAUAGAGACAAAUGAUUCUUUUAUAAGCCCCUCGUCGUCUGCUAACACUACAAUAAAUGCUGAGUUUCAAGACACCGAUGAUCAUAUAAAAACAGAAUUAGCGAGAGCUAUAUUUGUAACAGGGACGCCAUUAUCGAUGGUGCAACAUCCUUUAUGGAUACAAUUUUUCGAAAAAUUGCAACCAAAAUUUAAAAUACCUUCACGUAAAGCUUUAGCGACAAAAUACUUAGAUAAAAUAUAUAGAGAAAUGCGUUUUGAGUUAAAUGAGGAACUAAAUGCUUGUAGUUACUUACACCUUCAGUGCGAUGGCUGGUCUAAUUUAAGAAAUGAAGGAAUAAUAAACUUUCUUAUAUCAAAACCUCAACCUGCAUACGUUAAAAGUUUGAAUACAGAAAGUAAUCCUCACACUAGUGAAUACCUUAGCCAAGAAGUUGAAAAAGUAAUGAAAGUGUAUGGAGCAAAUAAGUUUCUUGUACUUAUUGGCGAUAACGCUAGAAAUAUACAAAAGGCAUUCGAAUUAACAAAACUCAAAUAUCCACAUGUUGUUCCUCUCGGUUGCUGUGCACAUAUCCUUAACUUGUUGUGCCAAGAUAUUGUAAAGAUACAAGAAGUAACUGUGUUUAUUAUGCAAGCCAUAAAUAUAAUAAAAACUGUUAAAAGGAGUCAACGAUUAAGUUCCUUGUUGAUAAAAUCAAGGCAGGGUGAAGAUUCUACACAAACACUAAAAUUGCCUUGUGCUACAAGAUGGGGAAGUCAUGUUACUUCGUUAAAAAGUUUGAAAGCAAAUAAGAUAGCUUUGCAAAUAUUAACAGUUAGAGAAGAUGUGGUAAUUUCAAGAGAUAUUAAAGAUUUAAUUCUAAGUGAUGAUUUCUGGACGAAGACAGGGGAAUGUAUAAGUAUUUUGGAACCAGUCACUGAAAGCAUAUUUUACUUAGAGAGCGACCAGAAUCGUUUGCAUCGCACAUACAUUACAUUUAGAGAUGUACAAGCUAAGAUACGUUUUGCAUUAAAUGAGAUUUCGACAUUGAGCGAAGAAAGCAAACAGCAGAUUCUAACAUCAGUAUCUUCAAGAUGCAAUAUGGCAAUGAGGCCAAUACAUUUUGCAGCAUAUAUUCUAGACCCCAGGACUCUAGGAGUCGAACUUACUCAAGAGGAAGAACUUAAGGGUAUGGAGUUUAUCUACAAUUUAAGCCAACACUUAAGUUUGUCAAAUGUAAUGGCAGAUUUGGCGUGUUAUAAAGCUAAAGAAAACUUUUGGGCCAGAGGAUUUGUAUGGAGCUCAUUAGAUAGCAUUGAGCCCCUAAUAUGGUGGAAAGGUAUUUGUGGUUCCACUGAGUUAAGCAAAGUAGCGAUUCGUAUUCUAUCAGCUCCCUGUACUUCGGCAGCCACUGAGCGUUCCUUUAGUAUCCAAGGCUACAUACAUAAUAACAAAAGAAAUCGACUUACAACUGAAAGAACUGAAAAAAUUUCAUUCAUUUGUUAUAACUGGAAUCUUAAACAUAAAGCUGAAUGCGAGGACAUUCAGUUUAAUGAAGAAAAUACCUUAGAAGCUUUCAUUGAGCAAGUAAAUGAACAUAACAGUUUAGACGAAAUAGAGCCUAUCGAACCUAUACAAUUCAUCGCUUGUAAUAACUCUGAAUCUGACAGUGAUUGACUGUAGUUUUACAUUUUACUUUCAUCUCUUUCUUAAUAAACUCAAAAUCAAAUUAAAAGUUUUUUAUUCUGUAGGCUGCAUAAUAAUAUUGUCUAUGUCCAGUAUAGUGGACGUCUUGCGGCUGAGAUGACGAUGAUGAAGUACAAAAUCAUAAACACCCAAAAAUUUGGGUGUUUAUGGGGUUUAAACCCAAUAAACCCAAAACACCCGGUUUUUACCCACCAGACUUUAAACCCACCCAGGUGGAUUGCCC